AUGCAUCCUAUGACUCAGUUGAGUAUUGGUGUAUUGGCAUUUCAACCGUAUUCUACCUUUUCGGAAGGCUAUUAUAAUGGUGACCUCAAGAAGGACGAAUAUUGGGAGACCGCUAGGAUCUAUCAUAGAUCCUACCAUGAUAAGGAGAACUAUAUAUCUCCUGAUUUCAACAGGGAUUGGGCAGCUAACUUUGUCCAUAUGUUGGGUGUUAAUGAUAAUCAUCAUCAUCAUCAUGAUGAUGACCCUUUAUUCGAGGAUGUAAUGAGGCUCUAUAUGUUGCUCCAUGCCGACCAUGAGGGUGCACUUGCUGAUCCCUAUUAUGCCUUUGCUGCUGGUGUUUGCGGUCUGGCUGGACCAUUACAUGGCAUUGCUAAUCAAGAGUCACUUGAAUGGUUGGAAUCUUGUAUGGAUUAUCUCAAUGGUGAAGUACCAAGCAAAGAAAAUGUUGUUGAUCCAAGGUAUCUCCUAGAGCGGGAGUUCUGUCUUAAGUACCCAAGCGAUGACCCUAUGGUUCAACUCUGUGCUAUUGCAUUUGAAGCUGUUCCUGAUGUACUGUCUAAGGCGGGCAAGGUCCGUAAUCCUAAUCCUAAUGUUGAUGCACAUUCGGGAGUAAUGUUGAAGCAUUUUGGUCUCAUUGAGGCCGACUUUUAUACCGUUAUUUUUGCCUUAUCUCGAUGUAUGGGCCUUAUGGCACAAUUGGGCUAG